AUCCCAAAUUGACAUUUAAGAUCUCAAAAAACAUGGCGGCUGGCCAUAACCACCAUGUUCUUGACUUGUGUCUCUUCCUCACCACAGCCAUGGUCCUGUUGCAAAACACCAUGGCUUACCCUCUGUCCACGAACUCGAGAUGGAUCGUGAACGAGGGAGGCCAACGGGUUAAGCUCGCGUGCGUGAACUGGCCGUCGCACCUGCAGCCGGUCGUGGCAGAAGGGCUGAGCCAGCAGCCGGUCACCGAGAUAGCCAACAGGAUCGUCGCUAUGAAGUUCAAUUGCGUUAGGCUCACUUGGCCACUUGAGUUAGCCAUUAACGACACUUUGGCUAACAGUGUCACCGUCAGGCAAUCUUUCCAAAGCCUUGGCUUGAACGAUGACAUUGAUGGUAUCCAGAGAAAAAACCCUAAUUUUAUCGAUCUACCCCUCAUUGAAGCCUUGAAGACAGUUGUAAAUGUAUUGGGACAAAAGGGAGUGAUGGUAAUAUUAGACAACCACCUUACAGUGCCGGGAUGGUGCUGCAGCGCCGGUGACGGCAACGGCUUCUUCGGCGACAGGUUCUUCGAUCCUACGGCCUGGAUCAACGGCUGGAAAAAGAUGGCCGGAAUAUUUAACGGCGUUAGUAACGUCAUCGGGAUGAGUCUACGUAACGAGCUCAGAGGACGAAAGCAGAACGUCAACGAUUGGUACACAUACAUGCAACAAGGAGCAGAGGCAAUCCACUCGGUAAACCCCAACGUACUUGUGAUCAUGUCCGGAUUAGGGUUCGACACUGACCUUUCCUUUGUCCAAAACCGACCCGUCAGCCUAUCGUUCGCGGGAAAGCUCGUGUUCGAGCUCCACUGGUACAGCUGGUACGGCGGGAUUGAUUGGGGGGCAGGUAACGCCUGCGGAAAAUUCCGCGACAAAGUUAAGUGGAAGGCGGGUUUCCUUCUGGACAAAGGGUUUCCGUUGUUCGUGAGCGAGUUCGGGAUCGAUCAGACAACGACGAGUGAUAAAGAAAAGAGUUACAUCGAUUGCUUUUUAGGUUGGAUGGCUGAAACUGACGUGGACUGGGCUUUAUGGGCGCUUACGGGGAGCUAUUACCUGAGAGACGGAGCUCGACGAGCCGAUGAGCAUUUCGGCGCUCUCACUACCGACUGGAUUUUGGCGAGGAAUCCCUACUUCUUGGCCAGAUUACCCUUUAGGGCACGAUCUGCCCUGCGAGGCAAGUAAUCUUGCUUUGUCGGUUGCCCCUUUCCUCAUAUCUUUUAUGUGCUCAGAGCAUAUGAAAAACAAAUGCGUAUGAUGCAAUAAAUAAUAAUUAUG